AUGGCUCCGUCUUUUUCGCUCGUUCAACUUGGCGAGGUUGGGGGAGCCUACGGCCGUUUGCCGCCGAGUUUACGUGAGAAAGAAGUAGAAAAAGUGCUUUUAAAGCAUCUUCGUAGCAACUUAAAGCAUGCACAUACACCUGAAGAGGUCCUUUCCGUUGUUUCGCUCAUGGAGCUCUUCUAUUCAGGGCAGCCUCCUUCACCAUCGAACACGAAGAAAGAACGUAGUUUCUUUGCUGCUUUCUCGCGGGAGAGUAGUGGAGUGGAGGCAGAUUUAUUUUUGGACUUAAAGGAGAAGCUGCAGAAAGAGAGGGGGCUGAUUUCUGGUCUCUCUCUGUUGAAUUUGUUUUCUGUUGUUCGCUGCUACACGAAAGCGCUAGCAGUGGAGAACGCGUUUAAAGAAAAAGAAAAAGAAGAAAUAGAAGAAUUUGUUCAAUCGUUAAGAACUCAAAUUGAAGAAAUGACGAAGAAACUUCAUCCACAUGAACUCAUAUCCAUCAUCGGCUCAAUAGCCACCUAUGGUGGUGCUGCCCUUCCCCAGCAGCAACAGCGGCAACAGCAGCAGGAGCAGCAGCAGCAGCAGCGGAUGCAGCAGCAGGAGCAGCAGAUGCAGCAGCGGAAGCAGAAGGAAGAGAUAUUGAAUGAGGAGAAUUUGCAUUUGCUUGUUUCUAAGAAUCCGCAUUGUGCAAUGCUGCCGCCUUUGCUUCGCCAGGUGGAUGUACACCUCAUUUUAGAUAAUUUCUCCUUUAUGCAGCUUUUCCAGAUUCUGCAUUUGCUGCAAAAGUGCGGCAUUAAACACCGAGCAAUAAUAGAAGAGUGCAUCUACUUCCUCCACACCGGGAGAUACAGCCCUAAGCCAGAGGAGCAGCAGCAACAGCUACAGCAACAGCUGCAGCGGCUGCAACAGCAGCAGCAGCAGGAGCAGCAAGGUCAAGAGCAGCAGCAGCAACAACAGCAGCAAGAAGAGCAGCAGCAGCAGCAGCAAGUUUCUUUGGUGGUGGAUACGGAGAAACUCAGCCAAAUGAAUACCGUAGAGGCAUCAGAAUUCAUCAGGGCCUUAGCGCAGCGAAUCCGCAGUGACGGGCUGCUACAGCAGCAGCAGCAGCACCAACAGGAGCAGCAAGAGCAGCAGCAGCAGGAAAGUGCAGCAGCAAAACAGCAGAGUGUAGCUGAAGUGCUGCCUCCUUCACUCUUAGUUAAAAUUGCGUGGUGCUUCAAACAAUUUUGA